AUGUGGCAGAGGAAUCAGACUUCUCUGGCAGACUUCAUCCUUGAAGGCCUCUUUGAUGACUCUCUCAUCCACCUUUUCCUUUUCUCCUUAACCAGAGUGGUCUUCCUUAUUGCAGUGAGUGGCAACAUGCUCACUAUUCUCCUCAUCUGUGCUGAUGCCUAGCUUCAUACACCCAUGUACUUCCUGCUCAGCCAGCUCUCCCUCAUGGAUCUGAUGCAUGUCUCCACAACCAUCCCGAAGAUGGCUACUAACUACCUAUCUGGCAAGAAGACCAUCUCCUUUGUGGGCUGUGCCACCCAGCACUUCCUCUAUUUGUCUCUGGGUGGCUGUCUUCUCUUAGCUCUCAUGUCCUACGACUGCUAUGUUGCCAUUUGUCAUCCACUUCGUUAUACUGUUCUCAUGAACAGAAAGGUGGGACUGAUGAUGGCCGUCAUGUGGUUGGGAGCAUCCACAAACUCUCUAAUUCACACAAUGAUCUUGAUGCACGUUGGUUCUGUGUUCUAUAGCAUCAUUACACCCACGCUGAAUCCUUUGAUUUAUACUCUACGGAAUAAGGAUGUAGUUAAGGCUCUGAGAAGAGUGCUGGGGAGAGAUCUUCUCACUCAGCAAUUGCUGUUGCCCUGAAUAUAAGAGUGGAAUGGGAUAAGCUCCUUAAGUUGAUCAGCAUAAACCUCUGACUUUUCAAGGGUCCAGAUCCCUGAUGACUACUGCAAAAAUGAAGUAGUUAACACACAAUGCCAGUAUUCUAACUUGCUCUCAGGCACCUGAGUACUGUAGAAUAUUAUCUUAGUCCAUUUGGGCUGCUAUAACAAAAAUACCAUGGACUAGGUGGCUUAAACAACAAACAUUUUAUUUUCUCACAGUUCUGGAGGCUGAAAAGUCCAAGACCAAUCCUUGAAAUUGCUAGACACUCUCUCAUUUCCUUUUGAUUUCUUUAAAAAUGUAACCCUGCCAAAACAUGCUUCCCUAAGUGAAAUAAGUCAGGUAGAGAAAGACAAAUACCA